GUAAAGAAUCAAAAGAUCCCUUGCUUGUACCAUAAGUCUUGUAUCUUCUACCUUUUUAUAAGUCUAUGCAGCUGAGAAAACCUGCAUUUGAGAACCACCACUUUCAUGGCUACCAAAAUCCUAGCAUCUUCAAGCCAUAGUUUCGAGAACGAAUGCAAGGAAAUUCACGAAUCACGGGGAAGAUGGAACCACUUGAUUCGAGCUUUGGUCACUCGGACUCAGCUCGAAUGCAGGGGAAUCAGAGAGACUUACAAGGACAUGUAUGGGGAAGAUUUGAUAACUCUGCUGCAAAAAUCUAGCCUUCGAAAUCAGCCUGGUGUUUCCCCCAAAACUUGCGCAGCUUUGUCCCUUUGGAUGCUUCAUCCUCAUGAACGUGACGCCAUUGUUGCUCGUGAAGCUCUUCUGCAAGAUAAUGAUUCUAAUUAUCAGUCUCUGGUGGAAAUCUUUGUGGGACGAAAAUCAAGUCAUAUUGCGCUCAUUAAACAAGCCUAUCUAUCGAAAUAUAAAACGCAGCUGGAUCAGGAUAUCAUCAAUAUCGAGCCUCCCCAUCCUUACCAGAAGAUUCUGGUUGCAUUAUCCACAUCACACAAGGCACACCAGGCAGAUGUCAACCAACAUACAGCGAAAUGUGAUGCGAGGAGGCUUUAUGAGACAGGGGAAGGAAGUCCAGGCGCAAUUGAUGAAGGUACUGUGCUUGAGAUUUUCACUAAAAGAAGCAUUCCACAUCUUAAGCUGACAUUUUCUUGCUAUAAACACAUCUAUGGACAUGAUUACACCAAGUCAAUCACUGAUGUCAAUUCUGGGGAGUUUGAAGAUGCAUUAAAGAUGGUUGUUAAAUGUAUUUGCAACCCAUCAAACUAUUAUGUAAAGAUUUUGUUUGCAAGCAUUAAAGGAAUUACAGCAGAUAGAGGAGCCAUAACACGAGUGAUGGUGAGCAGAUCGGAGACGGAAAUGGAUGAAAUCCAAAGGGUUUUCAAGGCAAAAUAUGGAGUUGAAUUGAGAGAAACCAUAUGUGACAGCAUUCCCUCUGGGGAUUACAGAGACUUCCUUCUUGCUUUAGCUAAUAAAACAGUUUAGUCCUACGGAAAAAUGUACACAUACUUGUAUCGAAUACGAACUCGUAGCUGACACUUUAUGGAGUAAGAAUAAUUAGUAGAUUCUACACAGGGUUGUAGCCUUUGGUGUCAUGUAAUUAAUGAAUUUGAAUUAGUGAAACUAAAA